CUGCUAUAUUUUUUUCGCGCGCCGUAGCGUCAUUGUCAACAUAUGGCUAUAGAAUUACGCUAUCGCGCACUUCUCAAUGGCUGAUUUGAUUAACAGGUUAUCGUGCCAGAUAAGAGUGUGCUGAAUGCGGUGCAGACGAGCGUCUGAGUGCGACCGCGGAAGUGUGUCGUGAUUGAAGUUGUGCCGUGGUUCCUGCGCAGGAGCUUCCAAAACAGAGGAGGGAGUGACAGAACCGACAUGGAGAAUGCACCGGUGCUGGCAAGGCAGCGUCGCGAUGCCUGGUAUCGGCAUAUAACAGUUGAACCUGCAAUGGCUUUGUAUAUGUUUGCCUUCAUGAUAACGUCGGUUGUUGAACAAGCGUUUUUCGUGUACAAAACGUGUAGAGUGAAUCACAACUACACAGAGGAAAUAUGUGUAAAUAUAAAUCAGGCAAACUAUACGGAUAUCAAGAAAGAAGUCCAAAUCACAGUCUCAACGUUCUACCAAUGGAACAACAUUGCUGCUCAUGUCUUUCCAAUUUUUCUGGCAAUGUUCCUUGGAUCGUGGUCCGAUAGGCGAGGGAGAAAAUUCCCCUUAUUAAUGGGCCUUUGUGGGAAAUUAAUAUAUUCUAUUAUGAUAAUUGUUAAUGCAACGAAUCAUUCGUGGCCUAUCCAAUACGUCUUGUAUACUGCUACGAUUCCCUGUGCUUUAACUGGAGCGGAUUUAGCUAUUUUCGCUUCGUGCUUCGCUUAUGUAUCUGAUGUCUCGACGGUUGAUAAAAGGACGCUCAGAGUAGCUAUUCUGGAAGUUUGUUACUUAGUAACGAUUCCGACGGGAGUGGCAUUAGGAUCCUUCUUAUUCAAUAAUGUUCUAAACGCUUCCUAUGCCUACAUGUUCACUGUCAACGCAAGCCUUUUAAUUGUUGCUUUAAUAUAUUCACUUAUUAUGCUUAAGUGGCAAACAACAGAAAAACAAAGAUCCCUUAGAGAGGUGGGAUUUUUCGGAUUUUUCCCAGACUUCUUUGAUCGAACUCACGUUGUGGAAUCAAUUCGGGUACUUGUGAAGAAGCGAGAAGGCUAUGGGCGUGUGUUCUUAUUCAUUUUCUUAGGGAUGAUGACGUUGUACACAUUUCAACGGGAUGAAAAGCCGUUUUUGUACCUUUACACACAACUCAAAUUUCAUUGGGGUGUGACGGAUUAUAGCUACUUCAAAACUUUCCAGUCAAGUGCGUAUUGCAUCGUCACACUUAUUGGCAUUCCUCUAAUGAAUAGAGUACUUAAAUGGAAAGAUACGGUUAUAAUAUUCAUCGGCUCCACGGCACAUGGACUUGCCCGUAUUGUGUAUUUGUUAGCGGAGGUUCCUCCGCUGUUUUAUUUUGGUAGCCUUAUUUCUAGCGUAGGACCGGUGACGGCGCCCGUUAUUCGGUCUAUGGUAUCGAAAAAUGUUCCAAUUACCGAGAGAGGCAAAAUGUUUGCAUUGUUAUCGGUUUGUGAUAAUGCAACGCCUUUUAUCAGCAGCGUCCUUUACACCCAAACAUAUAAUGCAACUAUUGGAGAGUUUGGUGGAAUUUUCGUACUUACUUUGGCAACACAAUGUGGAGUGUUUUUAUUGGCUAUAGUCAUACAUAUGUUGUCGAGCGGUAUUUCCACUACAAGCUCCUUGGAAGAGAAGCGCGAUGCGCUUAUUGAGGAAGCUACGCAAGAAAAACGCUCAUAAUGUAUGACAAGCGGAUUUUAAGAAAAGUUUAAUAAUGUAAAUUAUUAUGAACUGAUCUAGGAAGUGUACUCAAGCACGGAAGCAACUUUUCUAAAACGAUUAUACAAUGUAAAUUUUUUAGAUGUAACUUGCAUUUGGGCUCGUAAGACAUUUUAUAUCUUUUUAAUAAAAUUUAGUGAUAUUAGUUUA